AGCGUGGAGUUGCAGCAGUGAGACUGAAGUGGCUAAGGCGUACAUUGGAGUGAUCCCGAGGUAUCGGUGCCAACUCUAAUGCGUGUAGGUCACGUGGGACUAAAACAACAGGAAUUCACACGACGAUAGGUAAACCCGUAUAGGGCUCACUCUAUACACAUACAGCGCACAAAGUGCGAGGCUCGAAGAGAAACAAUGAUUCUCUCUCGCCAGGAACAAAGAAAAGUCGAAGAUUAGAGGCCGCCAGUGCAGGACGGCAUGAGCACGUUCUACGGACGCGCGAGCCUUCAGUGACUGCGGAGUGUUCCGCCACUCACGAGCCGACUAGUAGUUGUGGCGACUCCUCGGGAUCUCGCGGAUGCAGAAGGACGCAAGCUGUGCGCGGCGCUACCAUGAACACCAUCGCCACGUGGGUGAGGAGGCAUUCGUGGCUGAGCAGCGUGGCCGCCUUUGGGAUCCUCUUCGCCGGUGCCGACGCGGUCCAGCAGAGAUUCUUGGGACCUCCACCGCCUCCCAGCCACCACCAGCGUCCCCCCCAUCACCCCGACGGGGCCCGCACGGCACGGGCUGCGCUGCUGGGCCUCGCGUUCCACGGCAACUUCAACUACGUGUGGCUACGGGGCCUGGAGAGGGCGAUUCCGGGGAGUGCGGCGCGGGCAGUGGUGGUCAAGGUGCUGGCGGAUCAGACGGUGGCCGGGCCCAUCACCAUCUCGGCCUUCUUCACUGACGGGCGUUGUUUAUUGGUCGGCAAUGCAGACCAUCAACUUCACGCUGGUGCCUCCGUACGCGCGUUCAGUGUUUGUGGGCGUCUGUGCCUUCUUGUGGACCUGCUACCUGUGCUACGUGCGGCAGCACAGCUUCGGGACAGACAGGGAGCAGCAGCAGCACGAAGUAUGGGAGUACAAGGAGCAGCACGAGGAGGAGCCAGGAGGUCCGGGGCAGUAGCCACAUACGUAGAGGGAUGGGGUUAACCUGAACUCACGCCCUGGGCCAUGCCACACAGGAGAGGAAAAACUCUGCAGCACCAACUCAAGGUUUCUAUUUAAAGUCACUCAUCGGGUAUUAUCAAUGAAGCGCUGCAGCGAGGCAUCUCAACGAGACUUUACAUUGUUCUUAUUCUGAACAAACCUUCAUUCAGUGAGGCUUCUCAUUGAGAAUGUUCUGUAAAGCACCUCAGUGUAAAGGCACAUACAACCAAAUCAACUUGAAUGUGCCCAGUCACAUCAUAUCUCAGAAGACAAGCAGUGCUGAGCCUGGAUUGGGUGGGUGACCACCUAAGUAUAAUCCAGGGCUUGCCAGGUGUUGUGGGUGUUGGGCUGCAAGGUAGUAGCCAGGAGAUAGUGGCGAGUAACACUCUUUUGAGUGAUACUCAAGGGUGAUGCGGUGGCGAGAUGUUAACUACCUCGCCUGGUAUACAGGAGGUCGUGGGUUCAUCCCGACCUUGAUGCCUGUACAUUUGGAGUUUGCAUGUUCUCUCUGUGGUCAUGUGUAUUUUUCUCCAGUUCCUCCGAUUUUUCCCUCCACAUUUAGAAUCAACACGCAUUUAGAGUAUUUGGCUACAAUACAUUUGUAGUGCCGUAGAUGGGCCACGCUUACCGACAGUGGUAGACAAGGUCCAUCUGCAAGGGUGCCCUGUACCGCCAAGGGGGGGGGGGGGCUGCGGGGGAUCUACGAUCCCACACGCCACCCCUCGAUGGGGACCCUAGACAGCUAAUCCCCUCGGCGCCACCAACGGGGGGGGGGGGGGGGGGGGGGGGCUGCGGGGGAUCUACGAUCCCACGCAACGCCACCCCUCGAUGGGCAAAGGGGCAUAAAUGGGGACCUCCCCAGCCAAUCGGGACCAGUCGCAGCUCAAGACCCAAGACCAGCCAGCUUAGCACCCUGGACCCCCUCGCCCCGCUUGUCCUUGUAAGGGCCGGGACGCUGUGCGGGCCAGUGGUGGGACUCUGGGACUCCCGGCUCUACGUCCUUGUAAGGGCGAGUUCCGAAGAAGCCAGAGUCUAGACCCGCAUCUUGGCUGGGUCGGGUCAGGUAGCCUUCCCUAGGGUAAUUGUAGCCGGACGACCCGUGAGCAUAGCCAGUGUUAGGCACGCUAGGAGAAGGCUCUGUCCCUAGGCUGUGUCCCUAGGCCAGGGGUCGGCAACAUGCGGCUCCGGAGCCGCAUGCGGCUCUUUACGGGCUGCUUCUUGACGAUAUGUACGUAUAUACAGUAUGUACAUAGAUGCAUUGCGGCUCUUGAAAUACUGAAUUUUGUACCGAAUUGGAAAGAAAUGGCUCUUCUUGUUAUUUUGGUUGCCGACCCCUGCCCUAGGCUGUGUCCCUAGGCGGUGUCCCUAGGCUGUGUCCCUAGGCGGUGUCCCUAGGCUGUGUCCCUAGGCUGUGUCCCUAGGCUGUAACAGAGUAUCAGGACUGUUGGAGUGUGGUAUCGUAAUAAAGAAGUUACCUCUACAAGUGUCUCCGGAAGCCAUUACACAUUUACAUGCGAUAAGACACUUCGUUGAGCUAUCAUUUGUGGCCAGAUCGCUUCUGAAAAAUAGCUAUAUAGCUCAGUGGGCACUUACCUCGUAAAAUAAAAAAUUGUAAAAAAAGGUUUUGAAUGUCUGGGUUUUAUCUGGGUAGUCUGGUUUCCUCCGACCUGUAGUUAAACAAUGCACCAAAGGGAUUUGCUACAUCUCAAUUCAGGCUGCUCUUAAAUAAAUAAGUAAUUGGCAUUCUAACAGCGUUGCUUGGUCAGCAUUACUCAAAUCCUAGCUGGACGUGCCAUGACACGUGUGCACAUGCGAAGUCUUAACAAACACUGCGCCUCUUCAGCCAAAGAAGAUAUUGCUACGUGCCUGCUGUCAAUAGGAAGACUUUAUUCAAAAUUUGUUCAAGGCUAUUAUUCAAGCACAUUCAUUAAGUACCAUCUUGGGAAUGUACUUUGUAAACCGAGCAAUCAAUGCUGUAUACAGUACCCAGAUAAUAUACAUUUUCUAAGAAUGAAAACAUCCAAUUUUAUGCCAAUUUAAGCUGAGCUUUAAAAACGUAAAAGUAACUUUGGCAUGCCUCUAAGAACUUGUAAACAUUAACCCAUGAACAAACUUCAGACUCAAUCAUAUAUAUUUAUAUGUAUACACAU